GUACAUCCGUACCAUGUACCUGGGCAUCCAGAGUCGUCGUCAGAAGGAGAACCAGAGGCGGUUCUACUGGACCAUGAUGUAUGAGUACGCUGACGUCAACAUGCUGCGUCUGCUGGAGACCUUCCUGGAGUCAGCGCCUCAGCUGGUCCUGCAGCUCUGUAUCAUGAUCCAGAGGAACCGGGUCGAGACCCUGCAGUGUAUGUCUGUGCUGGCCUCUCUCCUGUCCCUGUCCUGGGUGCUGGCCUCCUAUCACAAGCUCUUGCGUGACUCCCGUGACGACAAGACGAGUCUGAGCUACCGUGGGGCCCUGGUACACCUGUUCUGGCGCCUCUUCACCAUCUCUUCCCGGGUCCUCUCCUUCGCCCUGUUCGCCUCCGUGUUCCAUCUCUACUUUGGCAUAUUUGUGGUGAUGCACUGGUGCGCUAUGGCCUUCUGGAUAAUCCACGGAGGCACCGACUUCUGCAUGUCCAAGUGGGAGGAGAUUCUGUUUAACAUGGUGGUGGGUGUGGUCUAUGUGUUCUGCUGGUUCAACGUGCGGGAGGGUCGGACACGCUACCGUAUGGUCACCUACUACACCGUGGUGCUACUGGAGAACGCCGUGCUCACCGCUCUCUGGUACGCCUACCGCGACCCCGCUACCACCGACGCCUACGCCGGCUCCGCCCUCUGCGGCGUCUUCUUGUGCUUCGCCUCGGGCGUGGCCUGCAUGGUGCUGUAUUACGGGGUGUUGCACCCCAUGGGCCCCGGUCUCCGGGUCCUGGCCUCCUCCUGCUGCGCUGAGCUGCUGUGGGGCCUCCCCUUGCCUCCCGAAGCCGAGCCCAUGGCCCCCACCCCGGGCCCCCGAGCCUCUCAAGCCACCCCAACACGGGCCUUUGCGGGGGAUUACAAUGGGCAGGAUGAGGAGGCUACGGAUACCUGUCUACCUGUGUUCCAGGUGAGGUCCACAGAGCCGGUGGACGCGGCCGGGAGACCCAUCCGGCCAGAGGGGCCCCUCAUCAAGAUAGAUAUGCCCAGAAAGCGUUACCCGGCCUGGGACGUACACUUUGUGGAUCGACGGCUCCGCAGGACCAUAAACGUGCUGCAGUACAUCAGCCCCAACGCGGCAGGCAUCAGUCAUCCAGUCCCUCUACAGGAGCCUGUGUGUGUGUGUGUGUGUGUGUGUGUCUGUGUGUGUGUGUCUGUGUGUGUGUGUAUGUUGUCAACUCUACCAAGAAGCUGUCAAGACUAUACACAUAUAGUACAAUCAUACUUUAUUUUUUGGGAAAAAAAUAAAACAAACAGAGAAAAAAAAUGGACUAAUGUAAUAUGAAAGAUGCAUAGAUUUUCAAAGUGAGAUGUGUAACCCUCUUGGGAGGAGGAGGGGGGCGUUAUCUGUCCGUCUAUGUGUCUGUCUGAAUGUGUAUAGAAAGUACGACUGCGUAAACUAUGAUGUGUGUUCAUAUACUGCAUUGGGUGAUGAUGAAGGGGAUAAUGAUGAUGAUGAUGAUGAUGAUAUUUGCAGUGGACAUGUUGUUCCUGUCAUGUGACUGGUGCAGUGAUGGGAAUGAUGGAGGAGGGGUUGACACUGUGGCAGAUCUUUGCACGCAAGACACCAGACUCUAACUGCCAUAUCUAUACAGAAUUGAAUUCUUAAAAUGGCUGCACGCAAACGACAGCACGUCAGCCGCAAAUAAAGAAGCAUCAAUAUCUACAGUUGAGAAGCACACAGGUAUCAGAUUACAAAGGAACACAUAGGCACAUUUAGACAUUUAAAAAAAAAUGUCUGCACAACAUGUGACUAUGCUAUGAAUGUUGAUCACCUUCUCCCCCAGCCUUGAAAAUGUGUUGUAUCAUGUCACACUCCUAAACACAGAUCUUUGGAUCAACUCUCCAUCCCAAUUUCAACUGUUUAAGGAGAAAAUCAACCAAACUGACCUUGAAUCAGAGUUUAUUGGCACAAAUUCCACCCAUAGCGUAACAAACAGUGACCUCUGCUGGUAGCAGUGUGUAACCGCAUGCUUGAUGUGGUUUAUUUUCUAUGGAUGGUUGACAAUAUAUUCUGUUAAAUCCCAGUUGAAAUUUAUACUGGGACACAUGAGACAAGCAUUAGUUUAGACACAACUCUUCUUUCCACUGACAUGUAUUUGACCAGUAAGAAAAACAAAGAACGUUUAAAGACGUUUCUCUAUAGCAAAGCACAAUGUUUAGAGGUGUUUCUCAUAACGGUUGUAGGGUGAAAUGAGUUUAUCCGACAUUCCAAAGAACUAUAUUUUGUUAUUUAAACGAACAAUUGAAAUUCUGAAUAGAGUCAAAUACGUAGAUAAAUCCAAUAAGUUUAGAGGUCAACGCGGUGGCUGUUGAAAAGCAACCAUCACAUAACGAUGUACAGAACCGUGUGCUGCAAAGACUUUCACUGCUCCUCCAGCAAUCCCUCCUGCUUCACUGUUCCUCCAGCAAUCCCUCCUGCUUCACUGUUCCUCCAGCAUUCCCUCCUGCUUCACUGUUCCUCCAGCAUUCCCUCCUGCUUCACUGUUCCUCCAGCAUUCCCAGCUGCUUCACUGUUCCUCCAGCAUUCCCUGGUGCUUCACUGUUCCUCCAGCAUUCCCUGGUGCUUCACUGUUCCUCCAGCAUUCCCUCCUGCUUCACUGUUCCUCCAGCAUUCCCAGCUGCUUCACUGUUCCUCCAGCAUUCCCUGGUGCUUCACUGUUCCUCCAGCAUUCCCAGCUGCUUCACUGUUCCUCCAGCAUUCCCUGGUGCUUCACUGUUCCUCCUGAAUCCCCUCCUGCUUCACUGUUCCUCCAGCAGUUCCCUCCUGCUUCACUGUUCCUCCAGCAUUCCCUGCUAGAGACAUAA